AAUUUAAGUUUUCAAAGCGGAGUGGGAGCGAAGGGCGGGAGUCAGUCAGUCAGUCACACCUGCCGAUCAGACGCGCGCAUCCCUCGCAGCCGCACGCGCUCUUUCCUCCAGGUGCGCGAGGGGGUCAGACUCAAACGGACCUGAUGAUGUUCGCGCGCUGCAAAUGAUAAGAAAAGAAACAUUUCUGCGACCACUGCUGGGUUAUAAUAUAUUACAAACCAGCGAGAAGCAGAAUUUGAAGUGAUUUUAAGACUUGUUUCAACUCCCGAGGAGCUGCAAUGGCAUCGAUCGGGGAGUUUGAUCCGUUGAACAGCAUCGUACCUGCCACCAAAAUAGAGAUCACCGUAUCCUGCAGGAGUUUGCUGGAUGUUGAUACAUUUUCAAGGUCUGCACCAGUGGUUGUCUUGUAUGUUCAAGGAAUUGGUACUAAAGAGUGGAGAGAGUUUGGUAGAACAGAAGUGAUUGAAAACACUCUGAACCCAGACUUUGUGAGGAAAUUUGUCUUGGAUUACUUCUUUGAAGAAAAGCAGAACCUUCGAUUUGACGUAUACAAUGUGGACUCCAGAAGCUCAAACAUGUCAAAACAUAAGUCAUUCCUCGGCCAGACUUUCUGCACUCUAGGAGAGAUUAUUGGGUCCACCGGGUCGAGGCUGGAGCGGGUGCUGUCGGGCAUUCCAGGAAAGAAAUGCGGGGACAUUAUCUUCACAGCUGAGGAACUUAGCAAUUGCCGGGAUAUUGCCACCAUGCAGCUCUGUGCUAACAAGUUGGAUAAGAAGGAUUUCUUUGGGAAGUCUGACCCGUUCUUGGUGUUUUACCGUAGCAAUGAAGACGGCACAUUUACGAUCUGUCACAAAACUGAAGUGGUGAAGAACACUCUGAAUCCUGUAUGGCAGCCCUUCACCAUCCCAGUGCGAGCUCUCUGUAAUGGAGACUACGACAGAACAGUGAAGGUUGAUGUUUACGACUGGGAUAGAGAUGGCAGUCAUGACUUCAUUGGAGAGUUUACCACCAGCUAUAGGGAACUGUCUCGUGGACAAAGCCAAUUCAACGUCUAUGAGGUUUUGAAUCCGAAGAAGAAAGGCAGGAAAAAGAAAUAUGUCAAUUCUGGCACGGUAACGCUUCUGUCCUUCAAAGUCGAAUCGGAGUGCACAUUUGUGGACUUUAUCAGGGGCGGAACACAGCUCAACUUCACUGUGGCUAUAGACUUCACCGCAUCGAACGGAAAUCCAUCACAGCCGACAUCGCUCCACUACAUGAACCCGUACCAGCUGAAUGCGUACGCCAUGGCCCUCAAAGCCGUAGGGGAAAUCAUCCAAGACUACGACAGUGACAAACUCUUCCCCGCUUACGGCUUCGGAGCCAAACUCCCACCUGAUGGAAAGAUCUCUCACGCCUUUCCCCUCAACUCCGACUGCGAGAACGCGAACUGCGUCGGCAUCGAAGGCGUGCUGGAGGCAUAUUACGACUGUCUGAGGAAAGUGCAGCUCUACGGACCGACCAACUUCUCCCCUGUCAUCAACCAGGUGGCACAGUGCGCUGCGGAGGUGACGGACGGCUCGCAGUACUUUGUGUUGCUGAUCAUCACAGAUGGAGUCAUUUCCGACAUGGUACAGACCAGAGAGGCUGUGGUUACAGCGGCGUCUCUGCCUAUGUCCAUCAUAAUUGUGGGGGUUGGUCCUGCUGAAUUCGAUGCUAUGGAAGAGUUGGAUGGAGAUGAGGUCAGGGUGUCCUCCAGGGGACGUGUUGCUGAGAGAGACAUUGUCCAGUUUGUGCCGUUCCGGGACUACAUCGACCGAUCGGGGAACCAGGUGCUCAGCAUGGCGAGACUGGCCAAGGAUGUACUGGCUGAGAUACCCGACCAGCUGCUGUCAUUCAUGAAGAGCAGCGGCAUCGAACCCAGACCGGCCCUCUCACCCUCUCCAACGCCACAGAUAAAUGCCCACCUCUGAUCCUAGAUCAGUACUUUCUUCACACUCUCUCAAGCAUAGCUGCAUAUCUGUCACAGGGAAUGCAUUUUUCCUUUCUGCAUCAGUUAGUGGUACUGUAGCACAUUAUGUAGUUACACAAUUAUCAACUGAAAUCAGGAUUGUGUUAUUAUAACGUGUGGUGUUAUGCUUCAUCAUCAGUAACAGUUUGUGCUUGCAUCGAAUGGAGAGUUAGGAGGGUAAAUCUCAGGAAAACGGUCAAGAAUGUUUCAACCCAAAAUCAAAUGAAAAUAAUGAAGCACCCCCCAAUUCUCACUAUGGCAAACAUAUCACAAUAAUAGGAAUGAAAUUUAUUCACCGUCAUGUCAUUCAAAACCUGUUUUUGACUCAUUCUUCUGUGCAACACAAAAUAAGAUCUUUUGAGAAACGUUUGGUUACAAACGUUUUUAAAAAUAUCUUAUUUUGCUUUUGCAGAAGUAUCAAAAGAAGUGUCUUCUUUUGCAGCUGUUUUUCCACAAAAGAAACCGGUGUGACGAGACAUGAGGAAAUGACAAAAUCAUUUUUAUUUUUGGCCAACUAUCCUUUUAAAUGUCAUGAAAUGGUAAUGGUAAUGCAAACAAAUCCAAAUUAGUCUAAAAAUAGGACUUCUAUACAGGUACUUCUAAUACAAAGUAUUAAUCCUCACUUUUUUCUUUUGAUUUCGGGAUAAAAUACAACCAGGACAUUUCUCCAUGAGAUUCACCCAGGUCUUGAGAGAAAUUGGGUACACUCUGUGCCAUACGCCAGGAUAAUUUUGUCAUUCUCACCGCCUGAAUUCAAGACACGGGCACAUACUUUUGAGUGUGUAAAUAUUUUCCAAUUUGCGCUCAGUAUUGAAAGGAGGUAAUAAGUAGCUACGUCUGCCAGGAAAACAGAUGCCCGUGCGGGAACGCCGACGCACGCGGAGCCUUCCGCACACCAAAUGUGGAUACGGCUAAUUACCUGCUGAAAACUGAGGUGCCAAUCAGUGCAUUUCAACCAGAGAGAGGAAGAUUGAGAGAAGAAAUAUCUGGAGUAUAAUCAGCCGAGGUUAAUGGGCACAGGAAGUAGGUAGAUGAAUGCCAUGACAAAGACAAAUCAGGUGAUCAUCUGAACGACAGAGAGAGAUUCUUUUAAAGCUGAAGGACAGAUAGAGGUGGAUGAGAAAGGCGAGUCUCAGAAUGAAAAGGUCCAGGUCGUAAUCACCCCAAAACAAAAAGGGAGUUUACUUUUUUGUUAUUUUGCACUGUGACGUUUUUUAAUUAAAAUCCCCAACUCUAAUUCUGCCCCAACAUCAUUAUAUUCAGUAAAAUGAGCAAUAAACAUAUCUAGUACAAAAAAGCUACCAUGUUUACUUUCAAUUGCACUUUACAGAUAAUUUAUCAUUGUUAAUCACAUUACAAAAAAAGCAUUGAUUUAUAUUACUGUGGACGACUGAUAAACUUGAGAAAGUGUCAUUGCAAAAAUGUCACAAUGCAAAAUAACUCUUUGCCUUUUGAUUUGGGGCUGAAAUUCACCCGUGCGCACACUGCCAUGUUUCAAUUUCCGAACGAGGACUUUAGACUCAAUGAAUGCUUGCUGAGAUUGAAACAUUCCACCUUUUGUUUUUCUUUCGGAAAUUUAGCUGUGUAUAAUAUAUAGCGCAAUAACAUUUUACAUGCAUUAUUACAUAUCACCACAAUUUAUCGAUGUAUUGUUUACAACCCUUGUUGCUGUGAUCAAACGUUCAUGUAAAAUGCCGUUCAACAUAUUUAUUUAUAUAUUGAAAUAUAUACUAUUUAAAGUGUUGCUAUACUGUACUGUAGAUUUAAAUGUUGGUUUCAUAGUAAAGACAGCUAUAGUAAAUACAGCUGCUUGUGCCAAAGUACUACAACGUCGAACAUUCCUGCCAAGUUUGUGUAACAAUAUACAGUAUGUAAGGCAGAGCAUUUUAUAUCUCCUUGUCGUGUUUUUAAUAAAGCAUGAAUGUCUUGUGUUGACUUCUGAUGAGUGUAGCAUGCUUAUCUUAAGGGUGGGGGGAUGGAUGGAUGAAUGGUGGAGAUUUUGCAGACCCUUGCAGGACAGUUAAGGAAUGUGAAUCUGUGCAGAUACGGACGGUAUCUGCGUCUGAUUUGACCAGAACAUCAUUUUGACUCAUCUAAACGUUUUAUUGGAAUAGUAGUCAGGUGGGAAAAGCCAUUGAACAUGGAUGGAAGUUGAAAUUGUAGUAAAAUGAAUGAAAAUUUGAACACAAAUAGCCUAAUUAAAAAAGACAUACGCCAAGAAUUGUAUUUUUAAAUGAAAUUUUAUGAAGAUGAACCUUGUUCAUACAUUUCCAUUGAAAGUGCAUUACUGGGAAAGUAAAAACAACUUUAUUUUGUUAUUUAUUUAAACAAAUAGAGGAUUGAGUUUCUAUUACUUUCAGUAUAUCACAUAAUAAUAUACAUAUAAGUUCUUUUUACCCUGUGACAUUCCUUCAAAAGCACCAAUAAUUUCGUUUGUGUACCUGAAUUGUUGUAAAAUGAUGAUAGGUGACAAUAAACAGAACAAAGAGAAACUCACAGCUAAUGAAGUCUGUGCUCAGUAUGAAGAAAGUCUGUAUUUGAAACUAUACAAAAGCUUUCUGGCUCUUGACUGGCAUCUGGUGGUGAGCAAGUAUAUGCUGAAAUAUUUCUGUUUCUUCUAUACUCUUAUUUUUCUGUCUAUUCUAUUUCGGUUCUCAAUUCUUUGUAGUUUUGCGUGAAAGUAUGAGGAAAAAACGGUAUGUUAUCUUUGAGAAUUUAGCAAAGUGGUUGCAUACGAAUACUGAUCAAUUUACCUGUACAGUCCUGAACGAUAAACUGCAUAUGCAUUGUGUUGCAAACUACGUGCUGGUCCCUUUGGGAAAUGGAGCAUGUCACUAUUAAAAUGAUGAAUAACUUGGCUUGUCUUUCUGUAAGGAGUCUCCAGUGUUGAUCAGUGUGAAGUGUUGAUUGUGUGUGACACUCAAGGGUCUCUUGACAUCCGCUGGAGAUCUCUAUAGAACCUUCUGCCGUCUGUCCUCAGUGUCUGCUUUGUUUAUGCAUAUUUCAUCCUAAACCUAAUAUUAUAACAAUUGUCUAAUGUGUGAUACAGUAUGUUGCGUAUGAUUGACAGAUUGUCUGCUGGAUUAAAAUCACAACUGUUGAUCUUUUGUUUUAGCAUCUGGUGAACAGCCUGACUCCGAUUGUUUAAUGUACCCUGCAGAUAGAUACCCCAUGUGCUUUAUGUUUGUGUUACUGUAUGUACUGUAGGUUCUCCUCUCUUUCCCAUGGGUCUCCUCAGACGAAAAGAAUCAAGUCUAAGAGAGAGAGAGAACGAGAGAAAGAGAACGAGAGAGAGAGAAAGAGAACGAGAGCGAGAGAAAGAGAACGAGAGAGAGAGAAAGAGAGAGAGAGAACGAGAGAGAGAGAAAGAGAGCGAGAGAAAGAGAACGAGAGAGAGAGAAAGAGAGAGAGAGAACGAGAGAG